CUUCCGCAGAAGACAGAGAUCCCGAGUCAAUCACAAAGUCCACCAAAAAUCUUCAUUCAGGAGAAACGCAACAGCUGGAGUCAAUGUUACAGAGCUCAAUCGAGCCUCAAAAGAAGACUUUUAGCCGUCUUGAUGCAGUUGAUGAUGAACCGAAUAAGGUCAGCAACGAAGGACAUGAAAGUGAAGAAAUGGAAUGCAAUGUCGUGACGUAGACAGAGUCAGCAUCAAUCGAAAAGUGUGCCACAAAACUUCUCCCCGAAGAGAAGCAAUUAGAAGCCAAGCAGACGGUUCGAUCAAUGACUGCAACUGCUCCUUUUUCUGAAAGGUACGAAUCACAGAAGGGGCGAGAUUGGAAGAGGUUUUCGUACUACUACUCAAAGGUUCUGAAGCAACCUGCACCUUCAAGCCCAGGCUUGUGCACCGGAGGUGAAGUGGUGGAGUACUUGAAGCACAUGGAUAAGUUUGGGAAGACGAGAGUCCACAUUGCGAGUUGUGCCAACUAUGGAAGCCUGGAGCAGAAUUCAACUUUUUCGUCGUGCGAUUGCCCACUGAAGCAAGCAUGGGGCAGCCAGGAUUUGCUGAUCGGGCGACUGAGAGCGGCCUGCAAGGAGUGUGGUGUUGUGGCGGAAUCCAACCCAUUUGGAUUGAAGGAAGUGAGGGUUUUCUUGAAGGGUUUGAAAGAAGAACAGGAUAAAGCUAGAGGAACUUCUUUUAUGAAGAAGAGGAAGAAACUCCCGAAUACUACCGAGUCCCAAAGCUUUGACACAGCUCAUGUUAACGGUUAAGUGCUCUUCCCCGGUAAAUUUCUUGGUGAAUGACACAUUUGAAAUAUGAUGCGUGAUUGUCUUUAGUUUUGGGAUCAGAAAUCGUUGUGUAGUGUUGCUGUGAAUAUUUAUAUUGGUUAGGAAGUGGCAAAGCCAGAAAUUUGAAUGAAGAGCUAAAAAGUUUACAUUUGACAGAUUUGAACCAUGGUUAGAGGGUUAGAGCCUUACUGACUAGUUUAUUUUCUAAUUUUAUUAUAAAUUUUACUUGUGAUUUUACUUGCAUUUGAAAGUUGAGAUGGCUACAGCCCUUUCUAGAUACAAUGUAACUCCACCACUGGAAAAAAGAAUGAUUUUUAUG